AUGGUUGGAGAUUUAUCCAAGGAGAACCAAAUGCUUAGGAAAGAUGUUGAUGGAUUGAAACUCACUCUCUUAACAAAGAGGAAUCUAAAAGAGCAAGCAGUGGAGAAAACUUUGGCUUUAUUUUCUUUUCUGGAUACACCUAUCUCUCGGAAUGAUGUAGCUCAUUUUAAACAAGUUCUAACCAAAAACGGCGUAAAGGCUAGGGUUACCUUGAAGCCUGAACAUAAAAAGCAGAUUCUUACAACUCGUUCAAAAAAAGGGAAACUAACACUUAGGAACACUGAAUGUGGUGAUGCGGAUUCUAGAAUUUUCGUCGAUGAGGAGCUGACCAAGGAAACGUACCAGUUAUUCAAACACUCAAGGCAACUUAAGGGUGUUGGCUACAAAUAUGUGUGGCAUCGAGAGGAGAAGAUUCUAGCUCGCAGGAAUGAUGGCUCUGAUAUUAUUUUCAUCCGGAAUGAGUAA